GGACUACAUUUUUUAAAGUUAAAAGUUGUGAUUUUGGUCUGUUUUCAGAUUUUGGCAGAGAGUGCUGCCAGCAAAGAAGGGGCGGGUGCAACUGCCACUUCAGAUCCUGGAGAUGAUGGAGAUGGAGACAUCUCAACAAUGGAACCUGAGCAAGAAGUGGUCCAUCGUGGAUCACAGUGCAGCAUAAGAUGUUUACAUCGUUCAUUAGGUAGUUAGCUUAUAUCUAGCAUUCACCAUACAUGCCACAUACAAUCAAAAAUAAGGAUAACAUGUCAAAAAUUUGAUGAUCUUCAUGGUUACUAUUUUGUAAUUUCCACUUUUCAGACAGUAAACAUUAAAAAUGAAGAACUUCAUAAUGUUAGAAAAAUAUAUUUUGUACUGGGUUGCAUUAGAUAGUGCAUGUGUUGUAACCAAUAAAUGUACCAUGGUGAACAAUUAUUAAGAUGAAUCUCUUUCAUCUAAGCUGUUCAGGUAAAGCCUCAGAUGGUGGAUGUGGGGACUCAAACCGAAAGGUUUGAGCAUCACAGAUCAACUCCACUGGCCAGUCCUGAACAAAGUGAUGAUGAAUGUUCAUUUUCUGAUAACAUCAACCAUUCUGGUGAUAUGUCAUGGAGUCCAGGAGAGGAGAUGUUGAGUGAGCCCUCUGAGGAGGAACCAGAAGAGCUGGAAUCUCUCAGUGACCCAAAUGCUGUUGACAAGUUCAUUGUUUGCCAGAGGCAGUUGCUGUCCUUGUUCACGGUUUGCCCUGCAUGCUGUGGGGAAACCCAGGGACACAUAAUGCACCCCGAAGGAACAUUUAUAAAAGUCAAGCAGGCCUGCAGAACUUGUGGUUAUGAGCGUUACUGGCAAAACCAAGAAAAGGUGCAUCGAAACAUGCCUGCCUGCAACCUUUUACUCAGCGGUGCCAUCCACUUCUCAGGUUGCAUGGCUACUCAGACAAUCAGGAUGCUGAAGCUGUUUGGACUGCAGUGCAUAAGUCCCGGCACUUUUUUCCGCCAUCAGCGCUAUUACACUAUCCCUACCAUCAUGCAGGCUUGGAGGAAAGAGCAGAGGGGGAUCAUCAGGGAGUUGAAGGAGACUGGGGGUGGAUUGAUCCUGUCUGGUGACUGCAGAUCAGAUUCUCCUGGACACUGUGCGAAAUAUGGUAGCUACUCCUUGAUUGAGGAUCGAAUUAACAAAGAUUUGGAUGUUCAGCUUGUCCAAAGCUCAGAAGUCCCAAGCAGCUCUUGGUGUGAGCUAGAGGGUCUAAAGCGGAGUAUGCAGUUCCUGAUGGACCAAGACAUGCAAGUGUCUGCUCUGAUAACAGACAGAAAUCGGCAGGUGGCCAAGUGGGUACGUGAACAAAUGUGUUCAGAAGGAACAAGGCGUUUCUUUGAUGUCUGGCAUAUUGGGAAAAGUAUACAGAAAGCACUGGAUGCUGCUGCAAAAGAGAGGGACUGUGAGGAUCUGAAGCUGUGGAGGCCAGCCAUUAUCAACCAUCUUUACUGGACCGCAGCUUCCACCCCUACAGGAGAUCCAGAUGAGAUGGAGGCAAAAUGGCAGAGUAUGAUAAAUCAUGUACAGGACAUACAUGAACACAGCACUCCUGCAUUUACCAGCUGCGCACAUCCACCGUUGGAAGGAGAGGCAAGAGACAAGGAGUGGCUGGAACCAGGAUCACCAGCAGCCACUAAACUGGAGAGUGUAGCUGCCAGGAAAGCACUGGUAAAGGAUAUUCGACAAUUGUCACCUCAGCAUCAGACAUUCUCCCUGGAGGCCUACCAUUCCCUCAUUCUGCACUUUGCUCCCAAACACACUGGCUUUUCUUUUCUUGGGAUGUACAGCAGACUUCUUUUAGCAGCCCUACAUUUCAAUAGUAAUGGCAACAGAGAUGUAGCUCGAACCAGUGAGGGUGAGGCACGCUACGCCGUGCGCUACCCGCGGUUUCGGAAAGGUGGCUGGGUAGUCCACCCCAUCAAGGAGAAACCAUCUUACGGAUACGCAACAAAUCUUAUGGUCUCUCUGAUAGAGGAAUACUGCAAGUCACCACAGGCCCUACAAGAAAGCAGUGCUGUCUUGUCCUCUGCUGCACCGCCCCCCCUCACCUCUUCCCUCCAGAAGGUUGCCAAGGAUGAGGCAGUCAGCCUCCAUCUCGCACGACACUCACGUUUUAACAUAUAAUAAAAGAGAAUUUUUACCAGUACAGUUUGUUUCAAUGUAUUUAUUAAUCAUCUUCCAAGUGUGGCCACUGGAAACCUUUGUAUGUUUGUCCCUCCUCUGCAAACUGCCUCCUUAUUGCUGACACAACACAUGAAGGUAUGGCUUUCCUAAUGUUCCUGCCUAGUAUUCCGUACGCCCAGCGGACAACCUGCCUGUAUGCUGUGUAUCGGAACUGCCUGUGGUGGAGAUUGGGACAUUACAUUUUGAUCAUACCAUGUUUUCAUAGUAAACAAUUCCAAUUGUAAAUAUUGCAUGUUCUGUUGGCUGAUAUUCUACUGUACUACACAACACCAAAGUUGUUUUUAUAGUAAGUAUAUGGAAACCACUGAGUUUAAAAACCUGCAUAACAGGAUUUACUAUUUUGGUGUAGAAACGCUGUUUCUUUGAAUUGCAGUGUGAAAUAAUUUUUGCUCAAAACCUACUCUUGUCUGCUGGCUUGGAGAGGGCCAUGCUCCUGUCUGAAGUUCAUGUAUGCUAUCUGCAGCACAAAAGGAUUCAGACAGGAUGCUUCAAACCCUGGAUGGAGUGUGAGGCAGGUAAUGUCUUCUGGGGGAUCUAAGUUUUGGACAAGGGA